AUGAAGUCUUUUCUGUCUCUGUCGGCCUUGAUGGCCGUUGCCUCGGCCACCGUCGGCCUCCUCGUUCCCAUGUACGAGUACCCCUACGGCGACGAUGCGCUGGCUGACUGGAACGCUCUUAUCACGGCUGUCGAUGCCCAUCCGGCGAUGCCUUUUUACAUCAUUAUCAACAUCAACAGCGGUGCUCCCUACUUCCCGAACCCGCCCUCUGGCCUGGAUGAUUUUGCCGUGUGGAUCGAUGCGCUGAACAGCCGGAGCAAUGCCAAGUCCAUUGGCUACAUCCACACCGAGUCUUCCAGCCGGGACUCUUCCGUCAUCAUCGAAGGUGUUACCCAGUACCUGAACUGGACCACCAGUGCCGGCCGCACCACCAAUGCGUCGGCCUACAACGUUCAGCUGGACGGCAUCUUCUUUGACGAGAUCGAUACGGACCCGACCAAGCUCGCAUACAACACCAAAAUCACGGAAUUUGCCAAGUCUGCUUUUGAGGACCGCGGCGGCCCCAUCGUCCUCAACCCCGGAACGCUCGUGCAGGCCGGCAGCGAAAGUCUCUUUGACAUUGCCGACAGCAUCGUGCAGAUGGAGACCUGCUACACCAAUUCCAGCGGCGCCACUGAUCCCGAUCUGUACGAGCGCUGCGCACCCGACACAUACACUCCCUUUACGCCGGAUGCUCUGUCGACCCUGGGCAAUGAGACGGUCAAGGCCAAGUCUUCCGUUAUCGUGCACGACUUUUACGAGUCCUGGGAACCGUACGCACAAGCCGCUCUGGCCAGCCUGCAGGAGGGCAUCACCGCUGCUGUGAGCCACAGCGUUCACAGCUUCUACUUCUCCCUGCUUGGAUACACCGGAAACUUCACGCUGGCGCCCGCCAGCAUCAUCAACGUGGCUACGUAUGCGGCCCAUGCCCAGAACCUGAGAUAA